AUGCCGGGAAUCGCCUUUCCUACCGUUCGAAACGCCGGAGAUCGCCUUGUUACCGAUAACACUCACCGGAAAUCGCCUGUCUACCGAAAGCCCUCGUCGGAAAUCGCCUCAGACAGAGCUCUCACUUCUCACAGAUGCAAAGUGAGUGCGCAUCCGGGGUCAUCCCUAUUUAUAGGGGAAAGUGGCUGGCAACGGUACUCCUCGAAAAACCAAACGGCGCAUUAA